GCAACUGCACAACCAGGAGGACAAGCAAGGGCAAGAGCAGSAACUCUUCCAACUACUCCAACCAAGAAACAACAAUACCUAAAACUUGCCCAGGGAAAGAGACCAAAGUGGCACCUAGGGAUUCGAUCACAGAGUAAACCCAAUGAUAUCAUGUCUGAAGUUUAUCGUGCCAUGGUUAUGCUUGGCUAUGAAUGGAAGUUAAUCAAUCCUUUUCACCUUCGAGUUUUGGGCAAAAAUAAAGUCUCUGGUAAAAUUACAAAAAUAAGYUUGCAGCUUUAUCAGGUUGAUCAUAAAAGUUACUUGUUGGAUUUCAAAAGCCUUGCAUCGCCAUCUACUGCUCAGGAACUGUCUAUUACUGGUGAAUCAUCACGYCGGUCUUCAGCUAAUUCCUCUUGUAGCAGUUUGAAAGACUAUGCAGGYCAUUCAAAUGAACAGGUUUUUUCRUSUWCAGUGGGUCAUCAUACUCUGGACUUUCUGGARAUGUGUUCGAAUCURAUCAUAGCUUUGGCUUGCUGARGAGGUUGUCUUUG